GGGGUGUGAUUUCCCGCAGGUGUGGGACCAGCAGCAGCUGAGGGAGCUCGAGGGCCCUCACCCAGCGCGCUGCGUGAGCACCUGGCGGCGUGAGGGCUGUGUAUCGGCCAGGAUGCGUCUUUCUUUUUCUUUUUUGUUCCAAAGUCAGUCCCGGAGAAGAUUAGACCUGCAGGAGAUUCUCGUGAGGAGCGGAGCUGAACGUGCUGUGUAGUGCACAGGUCUGUGGUGUUAGGACCUUUUAACUGAAGUCAACAUAUAGGACUGAAGUGCUAUAUCAGGCAUUAAAUAAUAACUGUAAUAUUGGAAGGGGGAAAACCUUGGGGAAGGCAUGGCAGAGUGAUAGGUUGAAGCCUCAAUCCAAGGAUUGAAGGAAGAAAUCAGCAUUCCAUAUGAUGGGCCCUGGUAUCUGAGAAUGGGCAUGGAAGAAAGGAAGAGCCAGGUUUGCACAGUUCCAGAUGGAUACAGAGAUGCACCUGUAGGGAGAAGCAAUUUGUCAUCUCUGCUCCAUCAGUUGAUUGGCUUCCCUCCAUGUGAGCCAUGGGAGGAGCGUGCUGCAAAAGUGAAACACACAUGCAGUGAGGGAGCAGCAGCAGAAGAGUAAUUUAAUUCAAGCCAAACUAUUUCUUUUCCUUUUGUAUUAAAAAAAAAAAGCCUGAAUUUCAAUGUGUGGUCUUUAAAAUAUUAUUCCGCUGGAAUGGAACUUCUCUCUGUAAAAGUGAAAAAAGGAAGGUUGGAUAAAACAACUGACACAUCUAAAACAUAUGUUGUUUUAAAAGUCCAGAAUUUAAAAAGCACUACAAUAGCUAGAAGAGGAAGGGAGCCUUGCUGGGAACAAGACUUCAUGUUUGAAAUCCAUGCUGAUGGAAAGGGCUUCAUUAUAGAGCUGUGGAAGAAAGGCUUGCUCUGGGAUAGCAUUUUAGGAGUUUUAUGGAUUCCCCUUACCACUGUGGAAUAUGCAACAGAUGAAGGGCCAGGUUCCUGGUGGAGAUUGCAUUCUGAAGUAAUAAAAAAUGGAAGUGAGAUUCAAGGCACAAAAACACCAACUUCUCAUGAGAUCUUACUAGAUAUCUACUUUGCAUUGCCAUUUGGUGAGUUACAGAGUAAGGUCCAGCAUUCCAGCCAUUCUAUUUCUCUCUAAGUUCCUGUCAUUUCUCCUGAGUUCCUGAAAUACACCAUCAAAUAGCAAUUUUUCUAUAGAAUCCUAAAUGCCUAUUCAUCACCAGACCAUUUCCACAAUUGAUACUGGUAAUUGUUACUGGUAAGUAAGAACCACAUCCCACAGGGAGGUGGAUGAGCAGUUUCAGUAGCUAAUGGCGAUCCACAUGCGGAUUGCAGAACUAAAGAAGGAAGUACUCCUUCAGGGUCUGUACUAGAGCCUGUGUGUUACAGCUCUGCAGCACAUCAGCCUUGACCAAUGCACAAUGUAAAUUUUAAUAAAAUCCAGGCCUUCACAGCAUUUUUUACCUUCCUAGCAAAGGUUGUCUGCCUUUAUUUUUAGUGCAUAUGAAGAUGGAAACUAUUUCUAUUUCUGUAUAUAUGAAUGUAGUGUAAAUGAGGGUAGAAAUUGAAAGUGAACUUCAAAUAAUACAUCACCACACAUUACUUCCAGAUAUAAUACAAUGAGAUAGAUUUUGCUAAGAUUAUCAAUCAAUCCAUAUGACGUGGUCUAUCUCCAAAUAAGGUCACAAACAUAAUUUAGCUUAACAUCUUACUCUUUAAAUAGUCUAAUGAACUGUGUCUGAAAAGAUUAAUCCUAAAAUUUAUGCAAGAAUAAAGUAAAAAAAGCGAAGCAGUGUGAAUAAGAAACUCUAUGAAAAGGAGGACUAGAAAUUAUACCAAUAGUAUGCUCUUUGAUUGUCUAAUUUAUUUUUUAAAUGCAUUGUCUUUGAUUAAACUUGGUAAAUUGUUUUUGGGUGUAAUCUGCAUGAUUCCUGUUAAUACAUCAGUUGGAAUACAUAUCUUUUUACAGAGUGACUGUGGACUACUUCAGUUUCUUGUAAGCUACAACAUAGUCUGCCUUUUUUCCUUUUUUUUUUUCCUUUUUCCCCCCCUUUCUUUCUUUUUCCUUUUCUUUUUUUUUUUUUUAACAAAAUUUACUUCUUUACUACUUGGCCAAAAGAAUU